AUGGUUGUUGGCUCCUUGCAAAUGAAAACUGUUGUGGUGCUUUUGUUCGUUAGGACAAGUGUUGGUUUGCUACAACGGUGUGAAGAAAACUUUUAUGAACGAGAAGAAAACUACUUGAUAGAAAGAGGACCGCCUUUGAUUUCGAAACUUGGUAAAAAUCGUUUGGCUGAACGCUGGGAAAACAAUUGGCGACUUACUGGAAGAGAAGACGUGACACAUGACCGCUUAUUGAGGGCGGAAUGGCAUUCGGAACCAAGAACUAUUUCAGUUUCACGGGCCACAGUUGACGAAACUGGAUCUGAACCUUUGGAUUUACGAACUGAGUGUGCACUUAGUCGAAAACGAGUUGAGCGGGAAGAUUUAAGGCAAACUAUUUCCCGAGAUGAACGUGCAUUAAACCGAGAACGAGGUGAAGAUUCAAGGCAAGCUAUUUCUCGUGAAGGCCGACGAGAUGAGCGUGCUUUGAACCGAGAACGAGUUGACCGAGAAGAUUCAAGACAAGCUAUCUCCCGAGAAGACCGACGAGAUGAGCGUGCUUUGAACCCAGAACGAGUUGACCGAGAAGAUUCAAGACAAGCUAUUUCCCGAGAAGAGCGACGAGAUGAGCGUGCUUUGAACCGAGAACGAGUUGACCGAGAAGAUUCAAGACAAGCUAUUUCUCGAGAAGACCGACGAGAUGAGCGUGCUUUGAACCGAGAACGAGUUGACCGGGAAGAUUCAAGACAAGCUAUUUCUCGAGAAGACCGACGAGAUGAGCGUGCUUUGAACCGUGAACGAGUUGACCGAGAAGAUUCAAGACAAGCUAUCUCCCGAGAAGACCGACGAGAUGAGCGUGCUUUGAACCGAGAACGAGUUGACCGAGAAGAUUCAAGACAAGCUAUUUCCCGAGAAGAGCGACGAGAUGAGCGUGCUUUGAACCGAGAACGAGUUGACCGAGAAGAUUCAAGACAAGCUAUUUCCCGAGAAGACCGACGAGAUGAGCGUGCUUUGAACCGAGAACGAGUUGACCGAGAAGAUUCAAGACAAGCUAUUUCCCGAGAUGACCGACGAGAUGAGCGUGCUUUGAAUAGAGAACGAGUUGACCGAGAAGAUUCAAGACAAGCUAUUUCCCGAGAAGACCGACGAGAUGAGCAUGCUUUGAACCGAGAACGAGUUGACCGAGAAGAUUCAAGACAAGCUAUUUCCCGAGAAGACCGACGAGAUGAGCGUGCUUUGAACCGAGAACGAGUUGACCGAGAAGAUUCAAGACAAGCUAUUUCCCGAGAAGACCGACGAGAUGAGCGUGCUUUGAACCGAGAACGAGUUGACCGAGAAGAUUCAAGACAAGCUAUUUCCCGAGAAGACCGACGAGAUGAGCGUGCUUUGAACCGAGAACGAGUUGACCGAGAAGAUUCAAGACAAGCUAUUUCCCGAGAAGACCGACGAGAUGAGCGUGCUUUGAACCGAGAACGAGUUGACCGAGAAGAUUCAAGACAAGCUAUUUCUCGAGAAGACCGACGAGAUGAGCGUGCUUUGAACCCAGAACGAGUUGACCGGGAAGAUUCAAGACAAGCUAUUUCUCGAGAAGACCGACGAGAUGAGCGUGCUUUGAACCGAGAACGAGUUGACCGAGAAGAUUCAAGACAAGCUAUCUCCCGAGAAGACCGACGAGAUGAGCGUGCUUUGAACCGAGAACGAGUUGACCGAGAAGAUUCAAGACAAGCUAUUUCCCGAGAAGACCGACGAGAUGAGCGUGCUUUGAACCGAGAACGAGUUGACCGAAAAGAUUCAAGACAAGCUAUUUCCCGAGAUGACCGACGAGAUGAGCGUGCUUUGAAUAGAGAACGAGUUAACCGAGAAGAUUCAAGACAAGCUAUUUCCCGAGAAGACCGACGAGAUGAGCAUGCUUUGAACCGAGAACGAGUUGACCGAGAAGAUUCAAGACAAGCUAUUUCCCGAGAAGACCGACGAGAUGAGCGUGCUUUGAACCGAGAACGAGUUGACCGAGAAGAUUCAAGACAAGCUAUUUCCCGAGAAGACCGACGAGAUGAGCGUGCUUUGAACCGAGAACGAGUUGACCGAGAAGAUUCAAGACAAGCUAUUUCCCGAGAAGACCGACGAGAUGAGCGUGCUUUGAACCGAGAACGAGUUGACCGAGAAGAUUCAAGACAAGCUAUUUCCCGAGAAGACCGACGAGAUGAGCGUGCUUUGAACCGAGAACGAGUUGACCGAGAAGAUUCAAGACAAGCUAUUUCCCGAGAAGGCCGACGAGAUGAGCGUGCACUGAACCGAGAACGAGUUGACCGAGAAGAUUCUAGGCAAGCUAUUUCCCGUGAAAACCGAAAAGACCGACGAGAUGAACGUGCACUUAACCGAGAACGAGUUGACCGAGAAGAUUCAAGACAAGCUAUUUCCCGAGAAGACCGACGAGAUGAGCGUGCUUUGAACCGAGAACGAGUUGACCGAGAAGAUUCAAGACAAGCUAUUUCCCGUGAAGACCGACGAGAUGAGCGUGCUUUGAACCGAGAACGAGUUGACCGAGAAGAUUCAAGACAAGCUAUCUCCCGAGAAGACCGACGAGAUGAGCGUGCUUGAACCCAGAACGAGUUG